AUGGUAUUUGUAAGAGGAUUUAUCCUGACUUCCUUGGGUAAGUAAAAUUGAACUGAUUACUGAUAUUUUACUGUCUUUUCGGUGGAACACUCCGCGAGUCACUGCCAAGCAGGCCUUCGACAGUCGGCUCAGUAAACUUCAAGAUUUUACAUUUACAGGGAAGGAUAAUCAGCCAAAAAACGCUAUAAACUUCAGUUUGAGAAUGUGUAUUAGUUCCAUGGAUUUCUUACAAACAUCUGCCUGAAAAAUAUGAAAAACGCAAGUCAUUUAAUCAUUCAAACUUUGCGUAUUUUAAUGUUAUUAAGAAUACAUGAUGCAUGGAAGCUACCCGAAACUAGGAACGCCGGUGGAAAGGUCUUAUUAGGUACUAAGCUUAUCUAUCGCUUUUUUUCAAGUGCUAUUUUUUUAGCAUGUUGAUAUUCUAUUGUACACAUUGCAAAAUUUUGCUUUGAAUUUAGCCACGGUGAGAUAAACCGAUAAAAAUUUGUCCUCUUGUCUCGGACACAAUUUAAGCUAUGUUUAAUGAUGACGCAAACUUAUCUGUGACUGAUCAUGCUUUUAUGCACGACUUCAGACUUGCGCUAAUCGUACCUUUGCUGUCAUUCGACUGCGGUCAACUCCUUUAACAUUAAUGUCAAUUUAUGCGUUCCCUUGCCUGUUUCCUUGCCUGUCAACGUACGUAUAAAACAUGUAAGGUCCAUGUAACUAUGGCAACUGUUUAUUUCUCCUGGGGGAGGGGGACGCCGGACUCAACAAAGUUUUAUAUGGGAGCUACGCACGGUCACCUAUACCCGUCGCAAGAUUACUCUAACAAAACUACGACUAUUCAUAAAGUGGUUAUAGAAACAGGGCACACUGUACAAUUCCAUGCUAUCUAAGAAACCUAAAAAAGGAUCUCUAUUAACUGAUCUUGUGGAACAUUUUUUUGCAUUAAUUAUCUUUGCCAAAACCAAAUUACUCCGCCAACCAAUUAAUAGCAACAAGAUACCUGACUGAUCACAGUUUGAUGGUUAUUGUUCUAUUUUUUUGGCAGCUCUCCUUCUGAAAGAGGUUCCGGUCGUAGCAGGACGUGAGUAUAAUUUAUUAAUUUUACGUUCUUUUUGGUGCCACAACGUGCAAUUAAAAACAGAAUUCAAUUUGCGUACUGUGAAAUGUCUUACAUCUAGACAAAGUGUAUUAAAAGAUUUUACAAAAAUGGAGGGAACAAGAGGACUCAGGGAUUAAAUUGAAUAAAUUAUAGUAAAUGCUAAAAAUUUUUUUCAAAUUUGUGUGAACAAAUGUCUAUAUAUCAUGGUAGCCUUUAUACAUGCAGGUAUUUGUUGUUUCAAUUGGGGCAUUUAUGUACAUAUGCACCUCUUGACUGACGUAUCUCUUAUCUGGUAAACAGAGUGUGGAAGUUAUCCUGAUGAAAAAUAUUUGGGGUAUGGCUGGACUGGUUCGAUCAAGAUUCCUAACAGCUUUUACACCGACUAUGGAAACAAUUUGAAUUGCAAGUGGCGUUUACAGGCACCUGCAGGUCAGAGAGUCCUCAUUUACUUCACGUCCUUCGAUCUGGAGAACUGUUGCUCUUGUGACUAUGUGAAAAUACACGACGGUUAUGGAUCCUACUCGAAUGUUUCGAAAUUAGCCUGUGGCAAGGACCUUCCUGAGCCGGUUUAUUCUUCAGGCAGAUACCUUUACAUAACCUUCCGUUCAGAUGGUUCCUUCGGGGGCAAGGGGUUUGUAGUCAAGUACAGGGCACUGAGCAGUUCUUCAAGUAAGUGCGGAUAUAACAGUAUACAGAAAGGAUACUGCUUUCACAGCAACUAGAAACAACUUAGGUUUGGAAGCUGUUGAAAAAGCGUUAGCAGAGUAAACGAAGCAAAAACCUUGUGGUUCCCAAAUUCGAGCGGAGACGACUGACGGGAACGGCUUGUGUCAAAGCGCCGAAUGAAAUAUUCACAAGGCAGUUCUGGAAAAGAGUGAGCUAGCCUCCCUCGCAGACGUUCUUAGGGGUUCGUCACGCGUUAGUGGGGCAGGAACGCGCCUGGCGAGCCCCUAAGAACGUCUGCGUUGGAGACUAAGAGUGAGCACGACAACAAUUUUAAUGACAGUAUUAAGUGAGGUUUAUUCAGAAUAAAUGCCCUAAUUAAAUGGCUUUCAUUUGACGAAAAAAGUGUUCGUCUGGUCCAUUCCAGGCCAAACAAACAUUUUGUACAAACGUUUUGAACUGAAAAACUAUACGCACUUUCCGUUUGACUAAGUGCACAACAGAAUGGCAUUUUUGAAAUAAGUCUGAUAAGUGAACAAUAGCAAAAGGUAUAGGAUUUUCUACUCUCCGAUAUUCUGAUAACAGCCCUUGCAAACUGAAGCUGCCCGUCAGGCUAACGCCCGAUGAUUACGCGCUCAAACGGCGUACGUCGCUGCGCCGAGAUUUGGUUGGUCUCUUCGCUGACUCGAAAAUCUUCUCUGGGGAGCUUUUUAAUUUAUUAAUAACCACCUUGGGCAAGGUAAGCUGUUUAUACUGGUAUAAAUGCAGUCAAAGGCUCCAUUUUUGAAAGGAAUAGCCAUUUUUUAUCGCAUUCUAGUUCUAAACAGUGGAAAAAGAGUGAAUUCCAAAUUGUAAUAUAAGGCUGUGACGUGCCUCUCAACCGUUUUCUUAAUUUAUGUAAGUUUACGGGCCUGUUUACAAGCAGAGAGGGUUACCCUUGUGCUAGGGUUACUCUAGCAAGAGGGUUAAAGUUAGCUCUGGUUUAAAAGCAAAUUUCACAGGUAGGGUUACCCUAUCACCUGGGUCAACUUUACCAGCUUUGCUGACGUGUUUCGUCAUGCGUGACAGUCUUUGUAACGGUCCAAGAUUUGAAAUAAUCUCGAAGUUCUCUACGGAGAACUCGUUAAAUUCAAGCGCUAGGGUAACCCUACCUACCUUGUAAACACGUCGUGUGAAAAAAAGAAGAAAUAUGCGAGUGCUAGGGUAGCUCUCUUGCUAGGGUAACCCUAGCACCAGGUUUACCCUCCCUCCUUGUAUUGUAAACUGGGCCGAUUAGUGAAAUUAUUUACAGCGGCGGCAGAGCAAAACAAAAAGUUGGGGCUGAAAAUAAAAUUGGACAUUCCAAUAAAUCCAUUUGUACCGGCGUUUGACUUUUUUUGAAUUAAAUAAUGUAAUGUGACAAUUUGUAGAAUAAAAUGGUCCGAGAUAUCAACGCUUUUCAAUACUUAAGAGUGUGUCCAUGAGAGAACCAGGCAGGCAGUGAUAAUGCUCAAAUCACGGAAUUCGCUCAAACUUGGCACAAUUGAUGGGUGUGGUGAGAUAUUAACCUCGACAAAAAAUAAGGUCGCAAUAUUGAAUUCCCUGGGAUUUACAGGGACCCCCCCUAAAAACGACAAAAUCUACUCAUUUUUGCAUAAUUAAUCAGCUAACUUUGGUUUGGCUGUUCAACAAGAAGAAAAGACAACUUCAAAUCUAAUCAACUUUAUCAUCUUCUAUGUUUAUCAGACUUAAUGCUCAGUAAUUUAUUUUUACUCUCUAAUUCCAUAUCUUCCUAUUAUUUAGCCUAAAGUAAAGACAUCUUCUAACUGUUUUGACCAAACCCUAAAUUUAAGGUAUUUUAGUGGCUAACAUCUCCCAUGAGCAACAACCUAUGUACUUAAUUCUCACAUAUUCUUUGAAAGACAUCUUUAAGGUUAUCAAAUCAAUCAUAAAAUAUUUGGGCAAUCUCAUACUUUAUCAAUAAUGACGUAUUAUGUACAUCUGACUUGACUCUUUUUUGUCAUUUGACCAAAAUACGAGGAAACGCAACAUUCGUUUUUCUAAACAAAAAUAGCACAAAGUUGGCGAGAAGUCACAAAUCAGAUGCCUCAUUGUCGAUACUAAUAGCGGAAUUGUUAGAAAGUGUCACCUGAGGCAUGUUUUCUGUGUUAUUUAUGGACGUUUGGAUGGAUAUUUUAUGGAACGCUUGAGUAAACACAAGGAGCAAAAGAUUUAGUUCAAAACCUCGAUCGGUCCAACUUGUAGGUGAAACAAGACCCAACAAGGAUAAAAGAUAGUGAAUAAAUGUUACAUACACGUCUCUAAGAUGCUUUAGUUCAGAUUUGCUGCUCCAGUUUCGUCUGGUCCUCUGUGGCGUUACUUCGUGACGAGGUAAUGAAAUCGAAACAUCUUGAAACAUUGCAAAAUUAAAAGUGUCGGCUUUUCACCGAACAUUCGAAGUCUUUGAAAUAAGUUGUAGUCAGAAUGAACAAAAUCAUUCUCAAAGGACAAGAAAGAUCACUGACAAUCCGUCUAUAUCUACGGAAAACAACCACCUGCUCGAACACCCUCCAUCUUUGACUUUGGACUCUGCCAAAACGAUGGAAUCUGUGACGCCGGACUACCGGAUUCCGGAAUGCGGAAUACGCUACCUAUUGUUUGUACGCGCCAAUAUCCUGUUAUAACUGGUGUGUUGAAAAUAGGUUGCGAAAGUCGUGUUACUUGAAAUUUAGAGUUUAUUCGGUGUUGACAUUAAUUACCAUGAUAAUAAUCGUCCAUAAUAGCCCUUUUCGUAGUCAGACCGUGCCUUGCAAUUUUUAGACAAUUAAUGACUUGCCAUUGGGUAUACUGACUUACUUACUUGUAUUUUAAUCCUCGUAGUCUUACAACUAUACAGGUUGGUAUCUGUAUCUGGGUAUAUUAUUGACUACAAAAAUAUAAUAAUAACCGUUUAUAAAAGUGUUGAGGAAAAACUUCUGAGGAAUACAGAAGACCCAAAAGGAGGCACUAAUACACUGCAAAAAAAGUCGACAAGACUUCUUUAGCUAUUCAAGGAAGAUGUAAAAGAACAGUUUCUUGAACACAGACUAAUACACUACAUGUAUAUUAACUUCUCAUUUAAGCUGUCAUUUGCGGAUUCAUACAGUGGAUUAAGUUCUCUUAACGGACACUCUCGUAUAUAGCGAAUAGCUCUACUUACGAUCGCCAUCACAAAAUCCCGUUUCAACUUCCACACAAACUCUGGAUUUUUACAUUCCCGUAGGCCGCCGCGGACACUUAAAGGGUUUACCGGUGAAUUAGAUGUUAGCUUUGAUUUAAAGCUCUCGUAAGCAGACACUCGAAAGAAAAUCUUAUCCACCUCUUAAUGUUGUUGUUGUUGUUGUUUUUUUUUUUCAUAUCAUGUCCACAGUCAUUGCUGUUUGUCACUGUUAUGAAUCAUUCUUAUAUAUCCGUUUCAGAGUUACCGUAUGAGAUUCAUUGUUGUAAGCGGCCAGCUCCAGUUAAGGACGCCUUUUUCUCUUCCCGAGGGUGUCCUCUUACGAGAGCUUCCACUGUAUUACAAUUUGGGAAGGGUGUUAAACAUAUGGAAGCGGUUGUUUGAGAAAAAUAUCUAACUCAAUGUGAAAGUGUGGUGUAUUUUGAGUUCUACUUGGGAACAUUACUGCCACAGUUAGGCUUUAUAAGACCCGCAAACGACAGUGCUAGAUAAAAAAUUCAGUGUUUAUGACAGUCAAAUCUGGUGCCAGCAGGGUAGGGCAUUUGUACGCAAUUUGGCCACUCCCCUGGGGAGAAGGGACUCCAGUAUGAAAAAAAAAUGGUAUUCUUGUCGCAAGCCAAAUUGGACGUGUCUCACGCUUUAUUUGUCUCUUUGAACUGGUCUGCACGAAGAUCCGACUUCACUUCGCUGCUAUUUCACGUGCGACUAAAAUACAAUAAAUAGUUCUUUCCAAAACACGAAGACAAAGCGACUUCUAUCUUCGAGUUUGAGAAGACAUGGGAUCAUUUAUUAUCAUGGUCUGAAUAAAGUUGCCAAUAGAUUUGGAUUUCUAAAUUAUUUAUUAGCAUACAAUAACAAUAAAAUAAUCUCAAAGAAUGUCGGAAAGUCAUAUUUUCGACUGAAUUUUGUUCACUGGACUCUCGCUCCUGGAUCCUGGCUCCUGGCUCCUGACUCCCGAUACGGUGUUUCCGUAUGGUGGCAACCGCUGCUUAAAAAUGCGGGCUCCAGUUAAUGUCAAAGAUGGCGGACGUUUGUAACAUGUGAAUUGAGCUACAACAGUGGCAGAAAUAAUUCUUUCAAUGGGUUAAAAAUCGGCUUUCUACUUUUCGUAUUGUUUUCUCCUAAAACAACUUGAUUUGGAUUUUGGUGCGUAAACUGAUGGCUAAGGAAUUUUAGUCGUACAGCGAGUCACGGCGCUGAACUACGCUUAACUGGACAUCGACGGUGGCAUGGGGAACAAAUCAAAGCGUGCACAAACUAGCAGUUGAAACAUCUAAGAGAUGCGUACAUGGAUUUUAUUGACCGUUUAUAUUGUUUUUAGGGCGAAAUUGUUAACGUAAGUAAAACUGUGAAUUAAAUCUUUGUAUGUUGUUUUUAGUUGAAAAGAUCGCUUAUAUAGCUAUCAAAAAUCAUCGUUAGGGUUUCUUGCACAACAAUUUCAACGAUUUUACCCUUAUUAAUGUUAAAUCAUUGUCUGAUGAGUUUUUUUGUCUGAUUUCUCCUCAUUCAAAGGCAAACACACGAAUAUUGUGAGGGCCUGAAUUUUGAUGAAAUAUGCAAAAGUCGUUCAGUCACAUGAACAGUUUAUGUCAACACAUGGAAGAAAGUGAAUUGCCCAAACUUUUUAUGAUCUUUUUCUCAACUUAAGUGAUGGCUUUAACUACUCAUGCAAAAGUUAUAAAGAUAAGCUGUUGCUCAUCAGAGAUAUUUGGGAAUAAAAUACCCUAAUUUUACGACUUACUCAAAACUUGGAAAUGAUGACCCAACCUAAGGGGGCUAAGAGGGAGGAAAUCGAAUCGGCGACUUUAAACAGUUUAACGUGCUUAAAGUCUUAUGAACUCAGAUCAUCUCUCAGUGCAUUUAAGUUCAGGGUGGCUUUUCUGUUUGUUGCACUGGCAUUGUAAAGUUAGCUAAUUAAUUAUGCAUAAAACGGGCAAAAUGGCGAUUUUUACAGGGGGAGCCCGGAUCUCCCAGGGAAUUUAAUAUUUGGACCUGACAUUCUUUCACAUAAGUUAACUCCUGAUACCUAACAUUUGUGCCGAGUUUGAGCGAAAUCGGUGAUUUGAGCAUUAUCACCCCCUGCCUGGUUCUGCCUGGUCUUCUCAUGGACACACUCUUAAGUUAAAAGGCAUCAAAACUGUCAUUUGUGGAAAAUGAAUUACAAACAAACCUUUAAUAUAAAUGUGUUUGUCCAGGUUGUCCAUCGAUUGAUACUUCAGCUUCCAUUGGCGUUAUUUACAGUCCUCACUUCCCUUGGAACUAUCCAAACUACAGGACUUGUACGUGGAACAUUACAGUGCCGUCAUGGAAGAGGAUAACGUUGAAUUUCACCCAUUUCGACUUAGAGGGUUACAGGUUUAGUAGCUGUUCCGACGAUUACGUUGAAGUGCGCACCCGAUACAGUUACUAUGGUGUCCGUAAGUACUGCGGUACUCGAAGUCCUUUCAUCGUCACUAGAUACGGAUCCGUUAGUGUGACAUUCUACUCUGACAGCUCCACUACUCGUUCAGGAUUUCUGGCAUUUUACCAAGAGGAAACAAGUUAUCGUCCAACAACGUAUCCAUAUUAUACGUUGGCAACGUCGGCAACGACAACUUAUCCGUACUAUUUCUCGACUUUUGGUUACCACUCCACAGUCUACACCUGCAAUUCAAAUCAGCGCACAACACGUAAGUAAACCUUUUACCUCAAUGUGUUCUAUAAGAUUUCUUGGAGACUUUGAACGUCUUAAUAGGAGCUUUAAACUGUAGCUAAAUUAAAGUGUCUGACACGAUGAGUAAGAAAACUGAAUCCACUUCCAGUUUAUGAGCUGUUAAAGUUAAUCACACCCAGAAAGGAUUGUAUGAAUGCUUGAAAAUACUUAGGGUCUGCCUCAGAGUCUCGAUUGAUUGAGAUACUUAUGGAGAGGCAAUGCAAGGAUUCUGUAAAGUUUGUGUAAAAUAAAACAGUUUUUUUUGCCCAAAACUUUUAAGAGCCUACUUCCUGGAGCAAAAUAACAAGAGCUGAGAAAGGAAAACGUGACGGUUUCAGACUUUCAUUUAAAUUUUGCCCUGGCACCAACCCUGGCAUUGGUCACUUAAACCUGACACACUGAUAACCGACUUUUCUUGAUUUUUUUUUUUCUGUUCAAGGAAUCUAUGUCGGAAAAUCCAGCGGAUCGAAAACUAUUCAAAGCCCAAAUUACAGUCGCUACUACGACUCAUGCUCUUAUCAAAUUGAAACCGCUGAGGGUUACGUCCUUCGUUUGACCUUUGUCCGUAUGUCAGUCUCAAGCUGCUCUGGACGCUGUUGUGGAUCCGUACGGGUGUAUGAUGGUUUAAAUGGUAAUUAUUCAUCGCGUGCCUCCCUUCUUGGAGAGUUCUGCAAUGGUCAUUACCCAACGACAGUGACUACUCGCUCAAACAAAAUGUCAGUGUACUUUUAUAGCCGUAACCCCUACGACACUUUUCAGGCGACAGUCAUUUCAGAAAAAGGUAAUUCUAGUUUAUUUUGUUUUUAUUUUUUAUAUUUUGAAAACUGCGUGGGGCAACUCUCCCUUAAAUUAUCUCACUGUUAACUAGACGAAGCAGUUAAACCACAAGUUAUGGUGUUGCCAUUCAUAUUAAUCAUAGCUGGAAGUGUACCAUUAGAGGCAUGUUCUUUUUUCAAACAGAUCCUAAAAUUCCAUUUCUAAGACUACAAAUGAAUGAUGAGUUUUUUCACGUAGUUCCCGGCUGUAAUCAGUGACGGCAAACCCAAGCCGUUCACAGGGUACCGUAAACUGCCGCUUAUAAGUCCCCCCUCCCUCCCCUUCCCUCCCCUCCUCAGCCCAUCUACGCUGAGUGGAUCCUUGACAUAACGAACCACUAGACUACGAAGUUGUCAGUGUAACGAACGAUAUUCUUUUCCUCAGGAGUAGUGAAAUAUUGAGGAAAAGAACCUCGACAUAACGAAACUAACGAAACCUCGUUCUGGCGAACAUAUUUUGCCAGUUCCCCCUUGGUCCUUUGUUAUAUAGGAGUCUCCCUGUACCUGUCAGAUACAUCCACUUGAAUUCGAUUCAUUAUAAUGCUUUGAAGCGUGAAUUCGAUCAGCACUGCUAUGGCUUGUUUCAAAGGAAUUUUUUUCUUUUUUUGUUAUUAGCCCCCUCCGAUAUACCCCUAUGUUUAUAAGCCCUUCUAAAACCCCUUACGAAGAUGUAUAAGCCCAGGUCAAAUAAAGGGUUUAUAUGAUGGAACUUACCAUCUAAAAGGAUAAGUGAUAUUUCUCGUGUUUCUACAUUUCAGAGAAAAGUAACGCUGCUGCCAUUGCAGUGCCUAUUGUCAUAGCAGUUGUUCUAUUUGCCAUCAUAUUCAUUGUCAUCAAAUGUACCAAGGUAAAGCGUUCUGCUACACCAACUGGAUCGAGAUCUACCACAACCACAAAUGUAGUUUCACUACAAACCUUCUAUGCACCGGUUCCAACUCCACAAUUACCACCGCAGAAUACAGAGGAAAUCCCGCCUUCCUAUCAAGAAGCAAAUGAUCACACACAAGGUGUGACAAACAUACCCCCCAUGCCACGUGACACAGGACACCUGUAAACACCCAAACAUGGUUUCCUGUUCAGUAAAGUUACCUCAGUGAACGUAACAAACUUACCAACAUUCUUAACCAGAGUCAUUCUGGCCAAUCGUUAUGUUAACUCGUAUAACGACUUAUUUUUUAGCUUUUAGUUCUUGUUCCAUAUAAACUGCUUCUGACCAAGUAAUACAUAGACAUAGGGACCGUAGUGGUCGACUGAUUGACUAAAAGUAAACCUAGGUCUGAUCUGUGGACAACGGGGGUCUUUUAGUCUAAUAUGUAGAUUUAGCCAGGGCUAAAAGCGAAGCUCUCUUUGAUAUCAAUAGUUUACUCAAACAAAAUAUAAAAUCGUGUAAAAUGCUAAAGAAUCGGUCAGGACGAAAGAGAAAAAACAAAAAUAGGUCUAAUUAGCAAAACACAACUUUGCACGUGCAGCACACUUUUUUCUACAUUUCUUUGACGAUGUUUCGCACGACCUACGACGUGAAUUUUCAAGAAACGUCCUAGUUACGCGUUUUAUGGAGGAAAUGUUGUAUGUGUUCCUAUUCAUCGUUUUUUCUUUUCACUGCAACUCAUUCUCACCUUGUUUGAUGGCCGCUUGCAUUUCUCAUUUCUCAUUUCUCACCGCCUCUAUAAAAUUUUCAUGUUUUUCUUCCAACGAAAUUGGUCCCCGUUGUUUUUUAUUUCUUACUGUAGCUCUUCUUCUCUUUUCCACGUUAAUGUAAACAUUUAAAUUUAGUCGAAAGAAAGACUAGGCUUUUUUGUUGUUGUUUUUUUGUCCGUGUGGCCAUGCGACCGCCGAAAAUCCUCUCUGCCCUUCUCUUUCUCGUUGCUCAUCACUUAAGUUCUGUCGUCUGCACGUUAUAUUUACUUUGUUCUCGUUUGCUGAAAUAACUAGCAAUGAUUUUACAAUUAGGGUUCAAAUUUAGCAGUGUAAAUAGCUUUGUUUUGAAAAAGCUAUAUAAAGAAGAAGGCUCUUUUUCAAAGCGACGAGGGUCAUGCUAUUUCCCGCCAAGAAAAUUGUGGGCGGCCAUAGUCCAGAGUUCAAAAAAGCUCUAUCCACCUCCCAGUCAGGCUGAUUUCGAACUCUCUUCCCCCACCCCCAGCGUCUGUACGUUCGCGUGGGCGUACGCUGACGUCACAACCAAAAUUUUUCGGAUGGAUAGAUAACCAAAUUUUCUUAGCAAUGGACAAUUUUAUGACUUUAACCGCCCAGCCAUUGAACUGGUUCGACAGUCAGUCUGACAAGAGAGGACUGAUUUAACGAUGGCUUGCUCAAAACUUAACGGUCACAAUGUAAUUUUAUAGUUGUAAUAAAGUAGAACAGUAGCAAAUUGUCUUUUGACUCGGCCCCAUACCAACACUUGUAGUUUCGAAUUAUUUCUGCACUUUUGUGUAAUUUUAUGUAAGAUGAGAUAAGUUUUGAAAUACUUAAUGCUACAAUAAUGUUUGGGUCUUCUUUACUAAGGAGUAACAUAAAAUAAUAACUAACUGUGUAACUAAGUAACUAGUGUAACUACUGUCAGGAAGAUGAACCUCAUAAUCAGUUAAUCAGAUUCCGUCUGACUCAGUAGAACAUAAUCAUUUAAUCAGUACCUUUUCAGCAAGAAUUUCAGUAGGGAUUUUUGAGAGUUUUUGUCUAAGUAGCAGCGUCCAUUUUAGGCUAACUCGGGCGUUGAUUGUGUUUUGGGGAUGAGGGGCUUUCAGUAAUCCAAAGAUAACGUCGUAGACUGAAGUUGUAACUGUAGGCUAGCACAUAUUUUUGUAACCUUAGUCGAUGUGUAUACCUAUUAAUGUAACAGGACAUUAAAUGUUCAUUAAACCCUUCAUUUAACAAGUUAUAUUACAGCUCUACGGAUUACCCUUACUCUCGUCAGCAGACAUUGAAAACCAAAAAAGGGAUCUUAAGUUAUGCCUGAGAAACGUCGGCUGUUUUCUAGUCUGACUGAAUGGUUAGGUACAGAAGGAAAUGGCUUAAGAAAUAACUACUGAUCAAGGAACUUAGAAAUUGAACAGUUCUUAGCACUCAAUUUUCUUAAGGUAGGUACAGCCUGGUGAUCUUUGGCGCGACGUAAGAAGCAUCUAUGAUUUGUUAUAGUAGUACAAUAUUAUUAAACUUCCUCUGGCGGUCCUGGCGGACCUUUUUGCAAUUCGUUGUCUUAAACGCUGCACUGUUCAUUCAUUUUGAGCAGAGAUAUGAUAUGUUUGUUGUGGACUGUCUCUAUUGUUAAACUGCCGGCCGGGCAUGAACACUAACGCUAAAAUAUCAAUUUGCUCAAGUCAUCGCCACUGAAAUACUAUGUUUAUCUUCCAACCACAGGUCUGCAAAAUCAUUAUCGGGCAAGAGAGAGACUUAUUCACCCACAUAUCGAUAUCGUAUACAGCUACCGCAACAAAAUUCCGAAAAUAAGCCCCGGGGCUUAUAUUUUUGAAAGACUUUUGAGGGGCUUAUUUUUGGAGGGGCUUGUAUCAGGGGCACCCAACGGCAAUUUUCGGGAAAAUAUCUGUUCGGAAGACGAUUUGAGAUCUAGAAUUUUCGGAGCAUUUGUUGUAAAAUUUCUUGCUUGCCUGCCUUUCCUAGGAUUUUCGAACAUCUACAAAAUGGUAUAAUUACCCAUUUUUAACGGAUUUUGACCCUAAAAAAGGCCACCUAGAAUUUUCGGGAGCCUUUUCCUGGCUGAAAUUUUCGAGAAGGUAAGUUUUAUCCCUAUAAUUUUCGGAUCACUAGACUUUCAGCUAGGAAAUCCGAACAGAUGAAAAGUUUUUAGGGGAUAAAAAUAUACCUAUAUCUACGGUCUGAAUACUAAAAUACGUUCAACAAUGCUAUGUUAAGUGGUUUUGAACUAUAUCCUCGUUGGGUGCCCCUGUGUAUACGGAGAGAAAUUUGUGUUUCAAAAUUGGCUAGGCUUAUACUUGGAGGGAAAUUUGCGUCUCAAAAUCGAUUGGGCUAGCAUAGAGGUGAAAGGAAAUUUCUGUCACGGUAAUUGAUCACGGUAAUAUGGACCGAGGAAAUCCAAGCCAAGAGUGAAAAUUGAAUAACGAAAACACAUAUAAACUGUGACUCUUUCUGACUGCAAUCUUUGGCACACGUAAUAGUUAUCUGGCAAAUAUAAAAAUUUAUAUAAUAGUGAACCGUGAUUACUUUGUUUUACUUUGUAUUUGAGGGCAAUUUCCAAGUAGAAGCCCCCUGGGGCUUAUAUUCGGAGGGGCGAUUUUGCGUUACCAGUUUGGGGGGGGGGGGAUAUAUUUGGGGGGGCUUAUACAUGGGGGGGCUUAUUUUCGGAAUUUUACAUUGCCAGUUGGAGUAAUACUUGACACCUAUGUUUCCAAAGAGUAUUCUGAAUGUUCUAAUUCUUGUGUAGAAUGGGCCUAACUACAGCAAAUUUUAGCUUAACAGGUUCUUUAAAACCAGUGAUUUGUGUGCGGGGGACUGACCCAAAUCACUUUGACAGCGCAUCUCAAUAAAACUGGUCCCAGGGCCCCUCAACCGUUGCAAAGUGACUUCGCCUGAGUAGUCAUGUCUGUGUUCCUUUUCGAUCGCAUUCAGCUGGAGGUUAUGGUAGUCUAAAACUCUUGGACGACGUGGAGAGUAUUCCUGUUUUGUGCACAACACGUGCAAAAGAAGAGUAGAGUACUAAGAUAAAACAUUCAGUGCAAUGUUUCUGGUUAUAUGGGCGGGUAAGUCUGGAAUGUCACAACAUCAACUAUUCGAUCAUCGAUCUGUCGAUCGUUCGGUUGCGAUUUCAUUGUCCAAACUUCCACAAAGACAUUUUUUAAAUAUUGAGAACUAUCGCUUCAAGAUUCGUUCAAUUAAUCUCUUACAUUUAAAUGUUGUAACAAACCUACUAAAAAGUAACAAUUUGAUCGCAUAACUGGCAUAUCAUCUCUGUGAAAAGGUUUGACUUAGAGAUUCAGACUUUCGCGUUUAAAAUAUAAGCUGGCAGUCUUGCCGAUCAAAAAACUACUGAGAAGUUAUGAAUAUGUGAAAAAAAAACUACUGCUUAAAUGCUGCACUGUUUUGCUGCCAUAUUUUCUUUUUGUUCGGUUCAAGCAGGUUGUUAGGAAGUUCAAUUUCAUUUUCACUCUGCAUGGAAGCGAUCUGGACGGUAGCGUGACCGAAAUGAAUUGAAAUUGACAUCUGUACUUUAUUCAUAAUAAACGAUCGCGAUCACAGUGUCUUCGCGAUUGACUACGCAGUAGAUUGUUAAAUAACUUGAGCAUAAUUUGUCGGUUUACUUCAGGUUCGAUAAAUGAAGUGAAAGAGUUAAAUCACAAUUCCGUCGUGCUGUCAUUUUCAUGUCUCCUUGAAUUUGCAUUUAAGCGGCAUUUGAGUGUAAUAAUUAACAACCGGUGCGUGACAAAUCCGUCCAGUGUCGCCUUUAUAGGAACCUGUACAGAGUUUCCGCUAUUAUUAACGGUUUUUUUUCUUUGUACUUUAGUUCUGUUUUUGUCAACUACUUCUGAAGUGUCCUUAGGAGGUAGGUUGUUUCUCUCUCACUCUUACAAAUUAUUUGUGAAAAACGAUGCAAAUAUCUCAGAUUGUCAAAAAUAAUACGUAUAGCGUGUUUUUUUUUGUCUAAGUUACAAAAUUCGGACACUUUGAUAUAAAGAUAAUGUAGCACAGUCUGUUAAACAGACGACGUUGAUGAAAGUAACGUGAGCAUGCUCGUGUGAUUCUUCCCCUGCGUUUGUUGCUUCAGGGUCAACGAGAUUUCUGGCUUCCUUUAUUGAUUACGUAAGCGUUAUGCAGGUGAAGGAUUCAGAGCGAAGUAUUAAAGCCGAGUGUAGCCUGCAUACUUAGCGCAUGAAAAAUGUAUGGUGCAAAUUGCAAAGGUACGGAAUGGGCCAUGACGUGUGAGAGAUGGACAUAUCCACAGCUCAUGCGCGUAUCAUUUGUCUCUAUCCCCAUAUUUCUUUGAAAACUGCGCCUGCAACGCAUACUACCUUGACAAGGUCCGGGGUAAGGUAAAUGACAGGUGGGGAUGUCGUAUUCUUCCCUUCGCCCCAGAUGAGACUUGCCUUAUAUUGCCCCCGCCAGCAGGAAUGGGAUGGUUCGAUGAUUUAUUUCUGGUGUCAAUAUUAGUUUAAUAAUACCGAAAGAUCCGUCAACAAAUCGAGCAGCAUAUCUGAGCGAGAUGCACUCUUCCUCUCUCUCCCAAUGACUUUUCGUAAAAAAACUUUUAAAAAGACCGUUCUGUCACCGAUCAUGCUAUCACUAUAACCACUUAGAAUUUUUGACAGAGAGGCUAGUAGUAUAUUCGUUGACUCUCCUUGUCCAGGUAAAAUUUCCUUUAUUUUUCUGCCUGUCCUAGUACAGACUAGAAUUCGUAGAACUCUGUAAGUCGCAUUUAAGAAUUUUAGACAGUGUCGUUUUAAAUAGGGUGUGGAUAUCAGAUUCACCUCUUUUACAAAGUAUGCUUGGUCUCGCAACCUUUCGCGCUGGUGUAGGUGACUAGCUCAGGUUAUAACACUCGCAUUAUCCUUUUUUUUUUUUGCUCCUAGUUUGUAGAGAGGGCCAUAAGCUUCUUACAGAGCUUUCAGGUCAGUUAUCCAGCCUUGAUGAUGGUUUCUGUACUUGGCUGAUAACUGUUCCUAAGGAUCUAAGGAUUAUUCUCUAUUUCAAAUCAUAUAACAUUGACGUUACCGGCAAUAACCCAACAUGCGGAAGCCAAGGAACCCGCAUCGAGCUAAAAGACAGUUUUGAGGACCAACCCUGGAAAACCUACUGCCAAAGUAAAAUGCCGCAGCCAGUUGCAACUAACAAAAGUUCACUCUUAGUGAACUUCAUUUUGUCAGAAAGCGAUGAUAAGAGUUGGUUUACAGCGAGUUAUACAACGCUACCAUUUGAAAAGAGUAAGUACAUUUCUAAAUAUGAAUGGUUAAAAUUAUGUUACACGGAAUUGCUAGUCUUCGUUCCCCAUGACCAGCGGUCCGGACUGAAGUGCUGGCAGAAGCUUAUUGGGGCAGGUCAAUCCCCAUUAUUUCCUGUGUGUAGUAGCUAUCUUAACUUUAACGCAGUGGAAGAUUGGGGAAACAAAAGCUUGCUGUGAGCUGUGUUUUAGAAUAACCCUUCAAUGAUGAAGAUAAUUCCACUUUUUCCUUUUAUCCUUCCCCCUUUUGUGUAAAAUUCUCUGUUGUGGUAAUUUGAUUUCUUCCAGCAUCGAUAAUUUCUAUGACUGUUAAAUCCCCCCUCCCCCGUUCAUUCGUUCUUGAAUUAGUGAACUAAGCAGUUUAGAUAAUAAUACGUUUUUUUGUUGUAGAGGUUGAUUUGGGCGAGGUCUCAGGCGCGGAGAUCUCCAGUCCAAUGUAUCCAGGUAGAUACCCGAGGAAUUCGUACUUCAAGUGGUCGGUGGUUGCUCCCUCGGGAUUUCGCAUCAAGAUACAAUUCACAAAGGUGAAAAUGUGUCGCUAUUACUCUGAUUGCCCGAAAGAUCGUGUGAUGUUACUAGAUGGGUCGUCAGAGGAGAGCAAAGUUUUAGAUACAAUCGGCGGUGAAAGAACCGUUCAACCGGUGUACACCUCUGGAAACAGCUUGACAGUGGAGUUCAGAUCUGCAGUUGGAGAAUCAGAUUAUGACGGCAAUGGAUUCAAGGCCACUCUUUCUAAAGGUAAUUGUAUUAUUUUUAAUUCUUCGAUUUCUUUUCUUCAUUAGGACGUUAGGUCCCGGAGAAGUUAGGCUCCCCGCAGACGUCCCUUGGGGUUCGUUUGUCACGCACGCAGAAAUGAAUGCGUGACAAACGAACCCCAAAGGACGUCUGCGGGGAGGCUACGGAGAAGUGUAUCAGUCCGUCAAUGACCUUGGUAGGUUCGUUUCAUUACAAGUUCAGUCUCUCGGGGGGUCGUGACGAUCUCCUGGUUCAGGUUCGCGUGAACUCCAGUAGUAAACAUGCCUGUGCCUUAUAAAAAAACCUCUCAAUAUCUUGUGUUUUGUAAUUUCAAAAUAAAGUGUAUGUUCUAGUGACUUGUCAUACCUAGGGUGCAUAAUGGGCUAAAAACCAAUCGCCGUGUGGAGCAAACCGUGUAAUGAAAUCUAAAGACACAGAAAAAAAAAAAACUUAUGAUGCCAGUGCAGGGGCACAAAAAGGAUAAGCUGACAUGCUGACUUUGAGAAUUACGCUCUAACUGAUGUCUGGUCUUUUCAUUUCUCGGAAAGAGUCUACACAGAUUUUAGAACGAAAGGUCCCUGUAGAGAGGCCAUAGAGGUCUUUAAUUUACGUCGGUAACUGGUAACAGUAUUUAAACUGACAAGCCUGAGGUCGAGGGUGCGCUCAUUUUAGCUCUUCUCUCUAUCAGUGCUUCUUUAAGGUACACGAAAUGGAAAGAAGUCGAAGCAGGGAUUUGAGGUCACACUUGGAAAUCGAACUAAGGAACCUCCCGCACAGAGCUGCCGCGCUUUUACCGACUGCGCUAAUCCUUACUCCUAAACCUUCGUUUAUCCAUGAGGGAACGCCCCUUGCGGCUUACCUGACCAAACACUUUUCAAAUAUUUAAUUGACCUCAUGGUCAUUGGUUUAUUGACGGUGUAUGAGAAAUCAUACACCGUCAAAUAUCAUAAAUAGGAACAGUCAUAAUAUGGCGUAGUUAGCAUUUUACAGAAAGCAAGCUACGGAACAGAACCUUUAUAUUUUUUCAAUGACAGGCAGUUGUGUUUUAAAAACGCUUUGGUUGUUCUUGUUGUUGUUGCCGGUGGAACUGACAUAGAUGGUUUCCGUUUAUCCCUAGAGGCGAAACUCUACCUAAUCCUCCUUCCCUGUGCUGCUGGAAUCCUCUUACUCUUUGUUAUAGUUGUUACCAUUGUGUUCAUGUAUCGACGUCGUAGACUGACUUUACCGAGUGCAAGUCGUCCACGAAUGCAGAUGUCACUACUAAACGAUGAUGAUCACAUCAGCACCACUCAGAUAUCUGCCGAGGCCAAUCCAGCAAACGAGGCAAACUUGCCAGUGUAUCGCCCGACCACACAGGCGAUAAAGAGCUAAUACUUUCUCUAGAAUAAGUACCCCGGAAGACUGCUUUUUUUUCAUUUAGUCCUUUAAAGUAACCCUCCAAAGCUUGUAGUUUCCGUAAAAAGAGAAAGUUUCAGUCCCAUCAUUUUUUUUACAUCAUGCGUGGAUUAAUUCGAGCGGUUUCCAUCCCUCUUCCUCUCCCUUGCUCUAAGCGCCUGUUUACAUGGAGUUGGGGGACCCCAGUCAGAUGAGGUAACCCGCCUGUCCAUAAAAUUUCUCAUUUUAAUUUGAUUACGUUUACAUGAAAGGUGGGGUGACCCGCCACAUGUUACCUCACCAAUCUGGGGUCCCCCACCUUCAUGUAAACAGGCCCUAAAACAGACUUUUUUUACCGACACCCAAACAAGGCACCAAAUCGCCUUUAAAAUCUUAUUGGAAUCCACGUGGAACAAACUUUCUUUGAAUUCGUCAACAAAUAAACGCGUUUCAUGGAAAUAAACGUAAACACGUGCCCUCUGAAUAGUCUUCAAUAUGGUCGCGUUAUCGGUAAAAGGGUCUGUUGAAAACAAAGGCUCUGACGUCAUUUCAGAUAGAGCUCACCAAACCAAGAGGGGGAAUUCUUCGAACCUGGGCUAAUGUGAUGUUGAGACUGAUUAUAGAAGAGUUAGCUGCUAUUUUUUAACCAAUCUCUCUUCACUAGGAAAUAGCUAGUUAGGACACUGUUAGGUCACAUACACAAGGGUGUGAGAAGACGCGCGGAUAGGAAUUGGAAUGGUUAUAGCUUGAAUUGACUAACGCAUUGAACGGAAGACUUUUUUAUACGAGCGCCAAAGGUUUAAAGAAAUACGUUUUUGUAUGUAUAAGCAUAGUUAUUAGAGGAGACUGGUUAUGAAAAGCGGCAAACAUCAAUGAUAAGAACAACAGUGCUGCAGUUUAUGUUGGAAGUACCGUGAAAGUGCACAAUUCUUUGUUUUCUGUUGGCAAAUUGUUACGGAAUAAAUUAAUGCAACGUUUUUAUUGGUCAUUACAAUCAAAAUGAUAGGAAUUCUUUUGAACGUUGUGCACUUUCAGGUCCACAAAAACAUAUAACAAAGGAGUCUGACGGGUUUCAUAACCAUUCCACUCAAUUAACUAUGGUAUAAGAGAUUAUCGACUGAGACAAAACCAUAUCGGUUUAACCAAUGAAAUUGGUCCAAACUAUUGCACCAAGACUUGAAGGAAAAUGUUAUGACUAACAACAUAGAUGCUUCCACCAACGAAAUCUGACCAACAAUAAUCAUGUUUUCAGUAGUCGCUAAACGUUAACCCGGCAUAUGAAAGCCUGUAGAUUUACUUUCGCUUACAAAUGUGGUCGGUUGAGAAUGGCAAACAGUAGUGAUCACCAGACAAACUUGUUCCUGGAAAAAUUAAUGCUCAGCAUUUACACUUAAAACGUUCGAGAAACUGAGGUAUAAAAUUCAAGCAAAAACAUUUCAUUACUAAAUACCGAAAAAAUCACUCUCUACGAGACCAACCAGGAGUGAUUACGGACUGCUAAGCAACUUAAAUGUCAGCCGGUCAACUGAUACGUAUAGAAAUCCACAUUUUUAGCUGUCAAAAAGGGCUUUUUAAAAUAUAGGCUGACGGUCUUGUUCGCCCUAUAACCACAUCGCGUAAAAUCAUGUCUUGGUCCAUUAGACUAUAAACAACAAAGAAACCCCUCCCCUUAUCUUUAGUUAAGGAAAUUGUCCCGCCUUUUAUUCAUGAGAUAAAGGCUAAAGGCUGCGACGUAUUUCCACGACGAGUUAAUUUUUCUAGGAAAUAAAGACAAAAGGCUAUGGCGUCCACCGCAAAAUGAAGUAACCAGUCCUUAUUAAUAUACUACUUAAGCGUAUUAACCAAAUUUAACUGCAGCAGCAAUCUGGCACAAAAACACGAAGGUGGGUGGAGAUGGGGUGUGGGACUUAGAAAAUGAUACUCGAUAAAUACCCUUUUACGGUUUUUUCAAGUUUUGGUAAUGACCAGUAAGCAAAUCUCCACCGACACUGCUAGAAAGAGCGCCUUAAAGUGAGCAAAUGUACUAAGUUUAAUGGUGAUACGUCCUAGGCGAGCGAAGACAUUGCUACCCAGAGUUGCGAAAUUUUGCGGCGGUUUUUGGAGGUGGGGCCACGAACUUGCCCUCCACCUUACAAAUCUCUGUAAACUUCCGCGACUUAGCGAAGCUAUAGCUUCGUAAGUUUUAACCGGGAGAGACAAAUCACUUUCAAACUUGGCAACUUUAUACUCAUUC